GGCGCCUUUUGACCCCACUCCCAUCUUCUUGCUUUCUCUUAUCAUAGGAAGACAAUCACCUGUUAUUUGAUUUCCUCAUUUCCAACAGUAAGUAUCUCUGUGAAUUGAAACCCACCAGGUACCAGACGAAGAAAGAAACUAUGGCUAGUUUGGCCUACCAUUCUACCAUAAACCAUCACCCCCCUCCAUUACUGUUGAAAAAUCCUCUGCAUUUUCUCUAUCCUCACACAUCGCUCUUCAUUCCCUCAUCUUCCAUCGAAUCCCACAAAAUCCCACUUCGAAUAUCUUCUGAAUUAGCCCCUAAAGCUCGAAUUAUUGCUCGCCGUAAGGAGACUGUUCCUGUUCAGCAACUUGAGCGCCCUCUAUUGGAGUAUAUGAGCUUGCCGGCGAGUCAAUACUCGGUGUUGGAUGCAGAGAGGAUAGAGAGAGUUGAUGAAAGUACAUUCAGGUGCUAUGUCUACAGGUUUAAAUUCUUCAGUUUCGAGGUUUGCCCGGUUUUGCUUCUUCGUGUCGAAGAAGAGCCCGAUGGAUGUUGUAUCAAACUCUUAUCCUGCAAGUUGGAGGGAUCACCGGUUGUGGUUGCACAGAACGACAAGUUUGAGGCUUCCAUGGUGAAUCGUAUAUCUUGUGCAAGGGAGCAAAUCAACUCAGAAACACAGCAGCUUACUUCUGAUGCAGUUAUUGAGGUGAGCAUUGAUGUACCUUUUCCAUUUCGGGCAAUUCCAGUGCAUAUGAUUGAAUCAAAUGGAGCACGAGUACUUGAACAGAUACUCGUUAUUAUGCUCCCUCGCUUCAUGGAACAGCUUGUGAAAGACUAUCAAGCAUGGGCUACAGGAGAUACCUCAAGACAACCUCUUGGGACUGGUCAAAUUUGAACUUGGAUGUAAUAUCGAUCUGUUUCGUUCGUCUCGUGCCUAGUGGAAUUUGUUGCAAUUUCUUUUUCAGUCAGAUAAUUUGCUUCUAAAAACCGAAUGUGAAAGAACCUAAACGGCAGACAGGAAUAUCCUAUGUAUUACAGUUGAAUCAUGUACGUUAUUGUGAAAACAAAAGCCUCUCAGAAAUUAUCUGAAGCAAAAGCCCAUUUAUGUUUU